UUCAGCGCGUCCGAGAAACAUUCGCAUUUUUGCACGCUUGGUGGGUGGGUGGUGGGAAAUUACAUAUACAGUAUUACUUCCAACGGCCGUCGCCACCCGCGAGACUUGCUAGGCCCCCCACAAGCACCCGAUAGCGGGCGUAGGCGGCGGACGACUCUCUCUCUCUCCCUCUCUUGCGGAAGCCGCCCUGCAUCCGACAAGCUCCCCGGCCUUCUCCCCGACGCAGGACCACCAUUGCGAAAAACUCCGCUCGCCAGUUCACAAGUCGACUCCGACCCUCCAACACCUCCCUCCCACCGCAUACCCAUACCGCCCCCCCGAUAUACCCCUCAACAUGCCACGAACAAUCCUCGACGAGAAACCCCUCGAUGAGCGCCGCAUAGAGGAUAAGAAUGUUUCGCUCUUGUUGGAUCAGCGGGCCAGGCCGGAGAGGGGGCCGCUGGCGACUUGGACUAGGAGUUAUGCCAUGACGCUAACCCUCCUCCGGUCAACGCUCGAACAAAACAAAUCGUCGCUCUGGCGCGCCCGGCUGAUCACCGACAAAGCCGCCGUCCCCAUCCCCCUAAAAAUAUCUCUCCAAAAAAUCUACAUCCCCCGCCGCAAAGACGUCCUCCCCGAAGGCAUGUCCGCCAAAGACGCCACAGGCGUCCUCAAAGCCGAAUGGGUCGACUACCACCCCCACACCGAUCAGCACCUCCCCGCCGAGCGCGUCAUCCUCUACGUCCAUGGCGGCGCCUACUUCAUCUGCUCCCGCAAAACCCACCGCGGAAUCACAUACAGAGUCGCCAAAUACGCCCACGCCCGCGUCCUCGCAAUCGACUACCGCCUCUCCCCCGAAUCCACCUUCCCCACCCCCCUCAACGACGUCCUCUCCGCCUACCUCUUCCUCAUCGACCCUCCCCCGCACACCGGCGCACCAAGAUACCACCCCUCCCAAGUAACGUUCAUGGGCGACUCGGCCGGCGCAGCUCUAGCCGUCUCCACCGUCCUCUGGCUCCGCGACCAUAAACCAUCCAUCCCCAUGCCAGGCGCCCUCGCGUUGAUCUCACCAUGGCUGGACCUCACCCAUUCCAUGCCCUCCUGGCGCCUCAACAACGGGUACGAUUACCUCCCCGACGGCCUUACCGACCGCAAAUACGUCACGCCGACCCGCUCCCAUGUCUACGUCACGGAUAAUUCACAGCUGUCCCACCCCUUGGUCUCACCCAUGUUUGCAAGAGAACACCCCCACCGCCCUCUCCCACCCACCCUCAUCCACGCCGGCGACGCCGAGAAACUGCGGGACGAGAUCAUCAACUUCACCGAACGCUCUUUCCCUUCCUCACCCAUCCAGCUAGAACUCUACGAAGACCAGCCCCACGUCUUCCACAUGCUCGCGCCCCUCGACCCGAUGGGCAAAUGCGCGUUGAAGCGCAUGGGCAGCUGGACGAAGGACAUCAUGUCCCGAUACACCGCUCACGACACGGAAGUAACGAUCCCACACACCGUCACGCGCGUCCUCAACCGCCCCACCAACCCCGUCAUCCCCAUCACCGACCCGUUAGCGAUCAUCGACGAGGCGCGGGAGAUUCUGAGGGAGCGCGGGAAAUGGGUGGAUGAUGUGAAAGGGGGCCACCCGCGCGCGUCGUCGGCGUCGGAUGAGGCGAGGCGGGUGAUGGAGAGGGACCCGGCGAUGGCGGUGGAUAAGGAGAUUGUGGAGAAGUUGGGCGAGUUGGCGGUGCUUGGACCGGCGUUGAAGAGGGCUGCGCUGGCGGGGGGGAAGUAGGUUUCGUUGUUGUAACAUUUUGUUUUUGGUUUUUGGGGACGAGUAAAGGGGAUGUUGGGUUGCUUUAAUGGUAGAUAGGUGGGGUUGGACGUAUAGUAAUUUGUAGAUAGAUAGUGGUAAUACAUGUGUUUGGAUAUUGGCGUAUAGAGAAAAGUAUCAUAUCCUUUGUUGUCC